AAAAUUCCAUUUAUCACAUUGCACAUCAGUCCCUAACCUGAAACAACACUCAAAACCCAAAACCCUAGGAACCGAAAAACAAAGAAGGCGAUUCCAUGGAUUUGCAAUCCAACGAUUUCGAUCGCCUUUUGUUCUUCGAGCACGCUCGCAAAACCGCUGAAGCUGAAUACGCUGCCAAUCCUCUCGAUGCUGAUAAUUUGACAAGAUGGGGUGGAGCUUUGUUAGAGUUGUCUCAGUUUCAGAGUUUUCCAGAAUCAAAGAAGAUGACUCAAGAGGCUAUUACAAGGCUUGAGGAGGCCAUUUCUGUGAAUCCCAACAAGCACGAUGCUCUUUGGUGCCUGGGAAACGCUCUCACUUCACAAGCAUUUUUAAACCCAGAUCCGGAUGAAGCUAAAGUUCAUUUUGACAGGGCAGCUGUGUACUUUCAACAAGCCGUUGAUGAGGAUCCUUCGAAUGAACUUUACCGCAAAUCAUUGGAAGUCGCUGCUAAGGCUCCCGAGCUACAUGUGGAGAUCCAUAAGCAUGGAUUAGGUCAGCAAUCAGCAGGGUCGGCUGGACCCUCCUCUUCUUCUGGCGCAAAGACUCAAAAGAAAAAGAAGGACAGUGAUCUGAAAUAUGACAUAUUUGGAUGGAUAAUCUUGGCUGUUGGCAUUGUUACAUGGGUGGGGUUAGCAAAAUCGAACCUUCCACCACCGCCUCCGCCUCCACGAUAAGUGAACCCAUUUCAUUUAAUUUUGAUACAUUGUUGUUUAUUGAGAAUCAAAUCUGAUUUCGGCAGCCACUUGUUGUUUCGUUUUUGACUGUUGUAAUAUUUUUCAUGGUGUAACCAUUUAUCUACCCAUCAUAUGAAAUUUUAUCUUAUUAAUAUAAUUGGGUUGAGUAGUUAUCAA